AUGUCCUCGUUCGGAGGCGAGAUCAGCGGGACGUGCUGGCGACGAAGGCGAUCGCGGGCGCUGACGGGUGGACCGACCAUCGCCUCGUCAUCUCGAAGAUGCGUAUUCGCCUACAGCCUCGCAGGAGACCACAAGGUAAGCGACCCCCAGGUAAGCUGAAUGCUGCUUUGUUGUCUUUGCCUGCUCACCGUCUCCAUUUCAGCAAUGAGCUAGCUCAACGGCUAGACAACCUUCCUAUCGCUGCCGCCGCCGCUGCCGAGAACGCCUCCGUGGAGAACCGCUGGUGUCUACUGCGGGACAUAGUCUAGUCGACGGCGGUCGCCGUCCUCGGUCGUGCUCCCCGCCAACACCAGGACUGGUUCGACGACAACGACGCUGCCAUCAGCAAUCUGCUUGCCGAGAAGAACCGCCUACACAAAGCCUACGUAGAUCACCCCACUGAGGACAACAAAGCUGCCUUCUACAGCAGUCGCCGACAGCUCCAGCAACGACUGCGCGAGAUGCAGGACGCCUGGGCUGCUCGCAAAGCUGAGGAGAUCCAAGGCUACGCGGACCGCAACGAAUGGAAGAACUUCUUCUCCGCAAUCAAAGCUGUCUACGGUCCGCCGACGAAGGGCACUGCUCCUCUCCUCAGCGCCGACGGCAGCACUCUCCUGACUGAGAAGACGCAAAUCCUGCAGCGAUGGGCCGAGCACUUUCGAGGCGUCCUCAACCGACCUUCCGUCAUCUCCGACGCCGCCAUCGCCCGCUUGCCGCAAGUAGAGACCAACGUGGACCUCGACCUCCCGCCAUCUCUCCAGGAAACGAUCAGGGCCGUGCAGCAGCUCUCCAGCGGGAAAGCACCCGGAUCGGACGCAAUCCCUGCUGAGGUCUACAAGCACGGAGGACCCCAACUCAUGGAUCACCUGACUGCGCUCUUCCAGGAGAUGUGGCGUCAAGGUGAAGUCCCGCAAGAUUUCAAGGACGCAACUAUCGUGCACCUUUACAAGCGCAAAGGGAAUCGCCAAGUCUGCGACAAUCACCGCGGCAUCUCCCUACUGAACAUCGGCGGGAAGAUCUUCGCUCGCAUCCUGCUCAAUCGCCUCAACAACCAUCUGGAACAGGGCCUUCUGCCGGAAAGCCAAUGCGGCUUCCGUCGUCAUCGUGGGACCACGGAUAUGAUCUUCGCAGCCCGCCAACUUCAGGAGAAGUGCCAGGAGAUGCGGACCCACCUCUACUCUACCUUCGUGGACCUGACGAAAGCCUUCGACACGGUGAAUCGUGAAGGACUGGGGAAGAUCAUGCAGAAACUCGGCUGUCCGGAGCGAUUCACUCAGAUGGUGCGUCAGCUGCACGACGGUAUGAUGGCGCGAGUCACGGACAACGGAGCUGUCUCAGAGCAUUCGCAGUGA